UUCGCCCUCUCCCACGGUAGUCACUCCUUUGCACUACAUACACGAAGUUUUACUUCCAGUCACUCUUUGAAUUACACUCUCCAAUAUCCCCUACCUACUAUCAUUCUUUACAUCACACACAAGACACAAAAGUGAAAUCGAAAAAAUGCGUUUCUUCACCACUGCCCUCGUCUCUGCCCUUGCGGCCCUGGCCUCUGCCUACACUCAGCCCGACUACUCUGAGGACCCCAGCGGCAAUGCCAUCCUCACUCCCGAAUUGAACCAGAUUGUUCCUGCUGGCAAGCCCUUCGAGAUCACCUGGGACCCUACUACCUCGGGUAGCGUGUCUCUGGUCCUUCUCCGCGGCCCCAGCACCAACGUUGUCCCCAUCCAGACCAUCGUCGAAGACAUCAGCAACUCUGGCAGUUACUCUUGGACUCCCAGCACCUCCCUCGAGCCUGACACCACCCACUACGGCAUCCUUCUCGUUGUCGAGGGCACUGGCCAGUACCAGUACUCCGUCCAGUUCGGCAUCUCCAACCCUGCCUACUCCUCUUCUUCCUCUGUUGCCGCUGCUACUAGCACCACUGCCGCCGCUGCUGUGAGCUCUGAUGCUUCCGAGACCAGCGUCAUCAUCAGCAAGAUCACCAGCACUAUCUGCCCUGAGACUGCCACCGCCACUGCCGACGUUAAGCCCACUUUCACCUCCGUCCCUGUGGUCGGUGGCAACAAGCCCUCCAGCUUCGUCGUUGCUCCCACUGCCUCCGGCUCUGCCAGCCUCAUCCGCGGCUCUGCCACUCCCUCCGGCACCCCUGCUGCCAGCAGCUCUUCCGUCUCCCCCGUCUUCACCGGUGCUGCUGACCGCAACGCCAUCAGCCUCGGCGCCGUCGCCGUCGGUGUCGCUGCCGUCCUUGCUUUCUAAGCGGAGCAGCAAUCCAGCAAUCUUAGGGAAUCUGUAAAGUGAUGGAGGUUUGUACCUAGCUGAGACAGUUGUAUGUACA